AUGUUCUCCCUCCUCGCUCUCCCACUUCUAGCUGUAGCAGCUGCAGUCCCCGUCAGCAGGCAGGACAGCGGCGGUGUCAAGGAGCUGUGGCUCUUCAACGAUAUUCGAGUCUCCGAUGCCAACGCUAUCAAGACUGCCGGCUAUGACACCGUGAUCAUGUUUCAACUGGGCAUCUUUGCCAAUGCUUCGCUCGCUUACUAUGGAGACGAGAAGGGUCAGAAUGACAACCCCGUCCUGCUGGUCGACGGAGGUGUCUACGUCGAAGACAUUGGGCUCGCCGACAUUGUCACCGGCUACAAAACCGGCACUACUACCAUCGACAGGACCGAGAUCACCAUCGUCUCUGGCAAUGUGUUCUGGCAACGAAUCCAAGCCAUGGUCGAGGCCAAUGGAACUGGCCCAGACACCGCACUCUACCAGAACUUUGCAGCCUUGAAGACCGCCUGGAACUUAGAUGCCAUCAAUGACGACGAUGAGGAGAACUAUGACGUCUCGAGUACCGUUGCCUUUGCCCAGAUGCUGGGACAGAUCGGGUACAAGUUCACCACGGCUCCUUACACCAACACAUUCUUCUGGGCACAAGUUGGACAGGGCAUCAAUGAUGCAAACCUUUACGACCGAUCCUAUCUCCAAUGCUAUGAUGGAGGGGAGGGUAAUGACCCGGGACUUUGGGCUUUCGAGGUCGGCAUGCCACAAGUGCCCCUGCUCUGGGUCACCAACACCGACAAGCCACAGGAUGGUAACACCCCGGCUCAGGUUCAAUCUCAGAUGCAACAGUGGAAAGACACGUAUGGGUCCAACAUUGCUGGGGGAGGAUUGUGGAACGACUAUGACAUUUACUACAAUAACAAUUCAUAUCAAACCUACGCACAGGCUUUGGAAGCCGUGUUUGGCUAG